UCAGGUCCCGAUCUAUGAUCCCGACUCCUGCCUUUUGCGAUGACAGGACAAUGUGGUCCAUCGUCUUCUGGCUUAAAAAGCAUCGAGUUUGCGAGGCGUGGAGACGCAUUUCUUAUCAACACCUCAGAUCGAGUUAUUCGUGUUUACGACUCAAAAGAAAUAAUCACUCUAGGCAAAGACGGCGAACCGGAACCCAUACAAAAGCUACAAGACUUGGUCAAUAAAACCACCUGGAAAAAGUGCUGCUUCUCCGGUGAUGGGGAGUACAUUUGCGCUGGCAGUGCUCGCCAGCAUGCUCUUUACACAAGGGAAAAGUCUAUUGGAAACCUGGUGAAGAUCCUGCGUGGCACCAAGGGUGAGCUGCAGAAAACGCAUCCCAUCAUUUCUAGCAAGGCCAGCAAAGAUAAACAACAGAUGUAAAU